AUGGCGCCCGCGCCGACCAACACGCAGUGGUCCACCGACUUCGAUACGGCGCGACGCCAGAAGCUCUUCCAGAAUCCGCCCAAGGACCGCACCGCCUAUCCGACACUCGCUGCAGCUGUGGACCCGCACAUUCACUCUUUCAAUCAAAUCUUCGUGAAAGGCGGCCAUCUAGACGAAGCUAUCAAGGAGAUCGGCACCAAGGUCUUCCUCGAUGGCGACCCAUAUGCGCAGCCCGAGGAGGUGGGCCGACGCAACAGACUGAGCGUCAAGAUUAUGGAUGUUUUCCUUGAUAAAUCGGUACUGCCUCCGACCAAUAAGGUGUCUAUCAGCAACCGCAACAUUCUUCCAGCUGAGUGUAGAGAGCGACAUGUCAGCUACCGGGGGAAGCUGCGAGCGCGUGUGCAUUACCGGAUCAACAACGGGGACUGGCUAGAGACGGUGCGCGAACUUGGGCAGGUGCCCAUUAUGCUCAAGUCUAAUCGGUGCCACCUUGAAAACAUGAGCCCGGCCCAGUUAUACAAGGCUAAGGAAGAGACGGAGGAGUUUGGCGGCUACUUCAUCGUGAACGGCAUCGAGAAGAUCAUUCGCAUGCUGAUUGUGCCCCGCCGUAACUACCCCAUGGCCAUCCAGCGUCCCUCGUACACGAACCGUGGACCAGGCUACACCACCCUUGGCGUCGAGAUUCGCAGCGUUCGAACCGACCAGACAUCACAAACCAAUGCACUUCACUACCUCAAUGACGGUAAUGUCAACCUCAGAUUCUCGUGGAGAAAGGCCGAGUAUCUCAUCCCAGUGAUCAUGGUGCUCAAGGCACUAGUGGAGACGAACGACCGCGAUAUCUUCGAAGGCAUUGUUGGUACCGCAAACUCCGAGGGUCUCGCAGAGAAGCAAUUUGUGGCCGAUCGUGUGGAAUUGCUUUUGCGCACCUACAAGGUUUAUGGGUUACACUCCCGAGCCAUGACCAGGGCUUACCUCGGUGAAAAGUUUAGGGUGGUUCUGCAGAUUCCUGAAGACCUCAGUGACGAAGACGCGGGUACGGAAUUUUUAAGAAAGAUUGUCCUUCCACACCUGGGUGCCUACCAUGUCAAAGAACAGAACGAUGCUGACAAGUUCCGAAUGUUGUUGUUCAUGAUCCGGAAGCUCUAUGCGCUUGCUGAGGGCGAGUGCUCGGUGGAGAAUCCUGACGCUGUUCAGAACCAAGAAGUGCUUCUUGGUGGACAGCUGUAUGGAAUGAUCAUCAAGGAAAAGAUGGACGAGUGGCUGAACUCGAUAAGGUUCCCGCUGCAGGAAUGGGGCCGUAAAAACGAAUGGAAGCCAUUCACUUCUCAAGAGUUCCAGAAGGAAUUUUUGGCUAAGAUCCUAAAAAGGGCGCAAGGUGAAGAUGUCGGUCGAGCAAUGGAGUACUUCCUCUCGACAGGAAACCUGGUCAGUCCUACAGGUCUCGAUCUACAACAGACAGCAGGUUUCUGUGUGGUCGCAGAAAAGCUCAACUUCUAUCGAUUCAUCAGCCACUUCCGCAUGGUGCAUCGGGGCGCCUACUUCGCCCAAAUGAAGACGACUACGGUACGCAAGCUGCUCCCUGAAAGCUGGGGCUUCUUGUGUCCGGUACACACCCCUGACGGUGCGCCAUGUGGACUACUCAACCACUUUGCGCACAAGUGCAAGAUAAUGACAAAAGGCGUGGACGUGUCAGCGAUUCCCCAAGUGGUUGCACAGAUGGGCGUAUCGAGUAAAGCAUCCGCGUCUCUAGAUGCGAGUGUGGUAGUACAGCUUGACGGCCGUAUUCUCGGUUUCUGCUCACCCAAGCAAGCCAAGGUUAUUGCGGAUACUCUUCGCUACUACAAGGUUGAAGGAACGCACAAUAUACCACUGGAGCUUGAGAUCGGCUACAUCCCCAAUUCCAAUGGCGGACAAUACCCUGGUAUUUUCAUGUCAUCGCAGUCAGCUAGGAUGUACAGGCCGGUCAAGUAUCUGCCCCUCGACAAGCUGGACUACGUAGGACCGUUCGAGCAACCCUACAUGUCGAUAGCGUGCACAGAUCCCGAGGUUGUGUCCGGUGACUCCACGCAUGUCGAAUUCGAUCCCACUAACAUACUCUCCAUCGUCGCGAACAUGACCCCCUUCUCCGACUUCAACCAAUCGCCGAGAAAUAUGUACCAGUGUCAGAUGGGAAAGCAAACGAUGGGAACACCUGCGACCGCCCUGCGAUACCGAACGGACAACAAGACCUACCGCUUACAGACUGGCCAAACACCCGUCGUGCGACCACCCCUACACAAUGAGUAUGGCCUGGACAACUUUCCCAAUGGGACCAAUGCUGUUGUGGCUGUUAUAUCAUAUACGGGGUACGACAUGGACGACGCAAUGAUUCUAAAUAAAUCUGCACAUGAGCGUGGUUUCGGUCACGGCAGCAUCUACAAGACUAAAAUUUGCGACCUUGCGGAGGGGCAGCGCAAAAUGAGGUCUGCGAAGACGGUAAACAGACUAUUCGGAUUCGCCCCAGAAGGGGUGGUGAAGGCAAAUUGGAGAGAGACGCUCGAUGAUGAUGGCUUACCCAGAGUCGGCACCAUGUUGCGAUCUGGUGACGUACUUGCUGCAUGGCACAACGUUUCGUACGAUCAGACCCAGGGCGAUUACAUCAACCUCGAUGGUCAGACGCAGUUUUUCAAGUACAAGGAGGAUGAGCUUGCGUUUGUCGAGGAGGUCCGCGUCAUUGGCUCAGAAACUGCUGCCGACCCGUGCCAGAAAAUUAGUAUCAAGCUCCGCGUCCCUCGUUCUCCCGUCAUCGGAGACAAGUUCUCCUCGCGCCACGGACAGAAGGGUGUCUGCUCGCAGAAAUGGCCCGCCAUCGACAUGCCUUUCUCAGAAUCUGGUAUCCAACCCGACGUCAUCAUCAAUCCUCACGCUUUCCCGUCGCGAAUGACGAUCGGUAUGUUCGUCGAAUCUCUCGCCGGUAAAGCAGGUGCGCUGCACGGCAUAGCCCAGGACUCGACGCCUUUCCGCUUCGACGAGCAAAAUACAGCGGUCGACCACUUCGGCCACCAGCUUAUGAAGGCUGGCUACAACUACUAUGGCAACGAACCCAUGUACAGUGGCAUAACAGGCGAGGAGCUCGCUGCCGAUAUCUAUGUUGGUGUCGUCUACUACCAGCGUCUCAGGCACAUGGUCAACGACAAGUAUCAGGUCCGAACCACGGGUCCGGUCAACUCGUACACCGGACAGCCCAUCAAGGGUCGUAAGAAGGGUGGUGGUAUCCGUGUUGGAGAGAUGGAGCGUGAUUCUCUGCUCGCCCACGGAACAGCCUUCCUGCUGCAGGACCGUCUAAUGAAUUGUUCGGACUACACUAAGGCAACCAUCUGCCGCAGCUGCGGCUCCUUCCUGUCAACUACGCCGACAGUCAACGAAUACCAGAGGAAGAACAACAAGGUCUUUCAAGUUAGGUGCAGGCGUUGCGCCAAGUUGGCUGAUAGCGCAGCGCCCAAGACAGAGGUGUGGUCGGAUGGGCAGGGCCUGAGGUACCAAGGUGGCGACGAUGUCACGACUGUAGCAGUGCCAGGUGUGUUGAAGUAUCUCGACGUGGAGUUGGCUAGCAUGGGUAUCAGGCUGAAGUUCGAGGUCGGCCCUUGA